CCGUCAUCCGUCAGGUGCGGUAUUACUACGGGCGAGACCCGGUCGCCACGUGCUCCCACUCGUCCACUCCUCCUCCCCCCACCCCCCUCCGCCCUCCGCGCCCCCCUCCCAGAUCUCGCGACCCGCCGCCGCCGCCGCCGGGCCUCGCCGCCCCUGAGCGCCCAUCAUGGUUAGGAAGAAAAGAACCGGCACCGGAGAGAGUUCCGGAGAGGCUUCGGGAGCUCCUGGACAGGGUUCCUCGCAGCCAGCUGAGAGAGCUCCUCCUCAACAGCAUCAACAGCAUGGUGGUGGACGUGGUUGGGUGCCUCAACAGGGUGGCCGUGGUGGUGGGCAAUACCUAGGCCGUGGUGGACAGUAUCAGGGCCAGGGAGGCCCAGCUGCACACCGUCCAGGUGGCCCACCUGAAUAUCAGCAGCGUGAAUAUCAGGGCCGUGGACAUCCAGGUGGUGGUCCACCUGAAUAUCAACCGCGCGACUAUCAGGGCCGUGGACAUCCAGGUGGUGGGCCACCUGAAUAUCAACCGCGCGACCCUCAGGGCCGUGGACAUCCAGGUGGUGCUCCACCUGAAUAUCAACCGCGCGGCCCUCAGGGCCGUGGACAUCCUGGUGGUGCUCCACCUGAAUAUCAACCGCGCGGCCCUCAGGGCCGUGGACAUCCUGGUGGUGCUUCACCUGAAUAUCAACCGCGUGGCCCUCAGGGCCGUGGACAUCCAGGUGGUGGUCCACCUGAAUAUCAACCGCGCGACCCUCAGGGCCGUGGACAUCCAGGUGGCGGUCCACCUGAAUAUCAACAGCGUGACUAUCAGGGACGUGGUGGUCCACGCCCUAGAGGGGGUGGAAUGCCGCAGCCAUCCUAUGGCGGGCAUAUGGGAGGACGUGGAGGACACAAUGUUCCUCCAGGUCAGUCAAGAACAGUUCCCGAGCUGCACCAAGCCCCAGAUGUCCAAUAUCAAGCCCCGGUGGUUUCACCAUCAGCAUCGGGAGCUGGCUCUUCCUCUCAGCCUGCGGCGGAGGUGAGCAGUGGACAAGUCGAGCAACAGUUUCAGAAACUUGACAUUAGUGAUCAAAGUUCGACCAGCCAAGCCAUCCAACCGGCACCUGCAUCAAGCAAAUCAGUUCGAUUCCCAUUGCGCCCUGGAAUGGGUAAAUGUGGGGAUAGGUGUGUGGUGAAAGCCAAUCAUUUCUUCGCGGAGCUCCCUGAUAAAGACCUUCACCAAUACGACGUGACCAUAACACCAGAGGUUACAUCGCGCGGCGUUAAUCGUGCCGUGAUUGCAGAACUUGUAAAGCUGUAUAGACAAUCUCAUAUGAAUGGACGUCUACCUGCCUAUGAUGGAAGGAAGAGCCUUUAUACAGCUGGGCCAUUACCGUUUACUUCGAGGACAUUUGAAAUCGCUCUGCAAGAUGAAGAUGAAGGCCUUGUUGGUGGUCAAGCCACGCCAAGGCGCGAGAGACAAUUCAGGGUGGUGAUCAAGUAUGCUGCCCGUGCUGAUCUCCAUCAUUUGGCUAUGUUUCUAGCCGGGAGGCAACCAGAUGCACCUCAAGAAGCACUUCAGGUGCUUGACAUUGUGCUACGGGAAUUGCCUACUGCCAGGUAUUCCCCAGUUAGUAGAUCAUUUUAUUCUCCCAACCUAGGGAGACGUCAGAGGCUUGGGGACGGUUUGGAAAGUUGGCGUGGAUUUUACCAAAGUAUAAGACCUACACAGAUGGGGCUUUCGCUGAAUAUUGAUAUGUCUUCUACAGCAUUUAUCGAGCCUCUCCCUGUGAUUGAGUUUGUUGCUCAGCUUCUGUGCAGAGACAUCUCAGUUAGACCGCUCACUGAUUCAGAUCGUGUGAAGAUUAAAAAAGCCCUGCGAGGUGUAAAGGUCGAGGUUACACAUCGAGGAAACAUGCGUAGGAAAUACCGUAUAUCUGGCCUCACAUCACAAGCAACACGAGAGCUAUCAUUCCCUGUUGAUGAUCGUGGUACUGUGAAGACUGUAGUGCAAUACUUCCUGGAGACGUAUGGUUUCAAUAUUCAGCACACCACUUUACCUUGCUUGCAAGUCGGUAAUCAGCAAAGGCCGAAUUAUCUCCCCAUGGAGGUUUGUAAGAUUGUUGAAGGACAACGGUACUCAAAACGGCUGAAUGAAAAACAAAUAACUGCUCUACUGAAAGUGACUUGCCAGCGCCCUCAAGAGCGUGAGAAGGACAUCUUGCAGACUGUGCAUCACAAUGCAUACUAUGAAGAUCCAUAUGCACAGGAAUUUGGCAUAAAAAUAGAUGAGCAACUUGCAUCGGUUGAAGCUCGUGUUCUGCCUCCGCCAAGGCUUAAGUACCAUGAUAGUGGCAGAGAGAAGGAUGUCUUACCCAGGGUCGGCCAAUGGAACAUGAUGAACAAGAAAAUGGUCAAUGGUGGUAGAGUCAGCCACUGGGCAUGUAUUAACUUCUCUCGGAAUGUUCAAGAUAAUGCUGCCAAGGUUUUCUGUCAUGAGUUGGCUAUAAUGUGCCAAAUAUCUGGAAUGAACUUUGCACCUGAACCUGUGCUGCCCGUACUUAGUGCGAGGCCUGAACACGUGGAAAGAGCACUGAAGGCACGUUAUCAUGAUGCCAUGAACGCAAGCAAACCCCCGGGCAAAGAACUUGACCUGCUAAUUGUUAUACUGCCGGAUAAUAAUGGUUCUCUUUAUGGGGACCUUAAAAGAAUUUGUGAGACUGAACUUGGAUUGGUAUCCCAGUGUUGUCUUACAAAACAUGUUUUUAAGAUGAGCAAGCAGUAUCUUGCAAAUGUAGCUCUCAAAAUCAAUGUUAAGGUGGGGGGAAGGAAUACUGUUCUUGUGGAUGCUUUGGCAAGGAGGAUUCGCCUUGUUACCGACAGACCGACCAUAAUAUUUGGUGCUGAUGUUACACAUCCCCACCCUGGAGAAGAUUCUAGCCCUUCCAUUGCAGCUGUGGUUGCUUCUCAAGACUGGCCUGAGAUAACUAAGUACGCAGGAUUAGUGAGUGCCCAAGCCCAUAGGCAAGAGCUGAUACAGGAUCUUUUUAAAGUAUGGCAAGAUCCCCAAAGAGGAACUGUGACUGGCGGCAUGAUCAAGGAGCUUCUCAUAUCUUUCAAGAGGGCAACUGGACAGAAACCUCAGAGAAUCAUAUUUUACAGGGAUGGUGUCAGCGAGGGACAGUUCUACCAGGUUCUGUUGUUUGAACUUGAUGCCAUUCGGAAGGCCUGUGCGUCCUUGGAGCCCAACUAUCAGCCCCCAGUUACUUUUGUGGUUGUCCAGAAGCGUCACCACACUAGGCUUUUCGCUAACAAUCACAAUGAUCAGCGUACUGUUGAUAGAAGCGGGAACAUACUGCCUGGCACCGUUGUUGACUCGAAGAUCUGCCAUCCGACGGAAUUUGAUUUCUACUUGUGCAGCCAUGCUGGCAUUCAGGGAACAAGCCGGCCUGCUCAUUAUCAUGUUCUGUGGGACGAGAACAAAUUUACUGCUGAUGAGUUGCAAACUCUCACAAACAACUUGUGCUACACAUAUGCUCGAUGCACCCGCUCCGUGUCAAUUGUUCCUCCUGCAUAUUAUGCACAUCUAGCAGCCUUCCGGGCUCGGUUCUACAUGGAGCCAGAUACCUCCGACAGCGGGUCUGUGGCGAGCGGUGCACGCGGCGGCCCUCCUCAGGGUGGUCCGCGCAGCAGCACCAGGCUUAUAUUUCCAGAAUUGAAGUUCGCAAUGGUGAAGAUAGAUACUCCCUCUCUCGACGUGCUGCGGUUCCUCGAGGAGACCGGCGAGGCGUACCAGGGCUUCGAGGGCGCCUCCUCCACCCGCGGCUGCCUCGUCGGCUCCGGGGUCGUCAGGGAUUUGGUCGCGUUCGCCGGCGAUGCCGAUGACAAGCCGCUCUCCGCGAGGCGGCCGCUGCCCAGGUUUCCGGUCCGGCACGAUCCGCCGCCGUCGCGGUCGUGUGCUAGCUUUGCGGCGCUGGGCCGGGGGAGCGGGAUGAGGCAUGUGCCCGAGUGGCUCCCGGCCUUUCCGGAGCCCCACACGUAUGCGGUUGCCGAGGAGGAGUCGGGCGAGAUGGUCGGCGGGUCGUCGGCUGCGGUGGAUGAGGUCGAGCAGGUGUGGCGGCAGAGGAAGGCCGAGAAGUCGCUGCUUGGUUUGCAACGGCAGCUGGCGCUUGCGGGUGGCAACGGGAUCCGCCCGGCGGCGGUGGUGGAGGAGGGUGCUGGCAAGGGGAAGGAGCUAGAUAGGGCUGUGGUCAAGAGCAAUCCGUUUAUUCAGUCGGCGUUGCGUUGUGGGGAUAAGGAGGUGUCAGAGGUUGCCAUGCCAAAUUUGGGGAAGAAACACUCUGUUCUCGAUGAAUUUGCACCUGCUUUCGCUGAAUCGGAAGGUGAAGGACUUGAUGAGGGGAGGAGGGACCAAGACCAAGGUGGAGGUCGGAAGAGGAUGGUUCCAAAGGAGAGGCCACCGGUGUAUUUUCGGAUUGGGCCUGAUAGGAAGUCAAGGGUGAUGGCAUUGAAUUCGAGAGCCUUGGUGGACCGUAAGGAUCCCUGGUUCCUGGAGGAUGAUGGGAAGCGGAGGGCACUGUCGAUACUUGCGGAACCAAUGGAGAAGCCAGGCUGAUCUGCUUUACACUUAAGAGUUCGUGCUGAUGCUUCUCGCCUGUUUCCCACCGAUGAUGCUUUCUUCUCCACACCUGCGAUUCUUCACCUCUUCCUGGUGCUGACCUUGGAGAUCCUUGCCGGCUUUCACUGCCAUUGACGGGAAACAUAUUGUUGAUAGAAACAGGAAACAUACUGCCUGUUCCAUGCACCGUUAUUGAUUUGAAGAUUUGCCAUCUGAUGGAAUUUGGUUCCUACAUAUGUAGCUAUGCUGGCAUUCAGGGAACAGGCUGGCCUGCUUCAUUAUCUUGUUCUGUGGGACGAGAACAAAUUUACCACUGAUGAGUUGCAAACUCUACACGUAAUGUACUAUUCUUUCCAACUUCUUGAUAAUUAAAAUACUGUUUAGCUGGCCAAUUAAAUAUAAAAUUCCUACUGUUUCAUGCUAGGUGUACGCGCUCUGUAUCAAUCGGUAAAUUCCCCACUUGAAAAUCACUCCCUUUAGGUUUCUCAUGCUAGGUUGAACGCUGCAAUCGCAGUCCCUCCGGCGUAUUAUGCACAUUUGGCAGCCUUCUGGGCUUGAUUUUACACGCAGCUGGAUACCUCGGACAGCUGGUUGCUAGUGGUGCACGCAGUAAUAGCGCAUUUUGGGAAUGUUGCUGUUAGGCCUCUCCCUGGAAAAUGUCAAGCGUGUCAUGUUUUACUGUUAAGGUUGUGGCGGUUCCACUGAUGAUGAUAUUUCAAGUGCCCGUGAGCUGUAUUGUGCUGACUCGGGUGUGAAGUACUGUGUCGAUGAUGGUGCUGCCAGAACACCGCCGCACAAGCUUUUCUAUUUCUUGUGCUGAGCGGUUUGUUCGUGCGACCAUCUAUCUUUGUAUUAAGUGACGCUUAAUCUGUUGAGGAACCAAUGUUAUGAAUCGCCUGCA